CUCUCCUCUCCUCUCUCUCUCUCUCUCUCUCUCUCCUGGUCUCCAUUUUUUUUCCUCUCUUUUUCCCGUUUAUCGCAUACGCAACAAUUAUCCUCUCGAUUAGGGAAUAGGAACCGCCUGGUUCGAUUUCGCGAGAACAAGAUCGGCCGAGCCGAAAAGGUAAUUGAAAAAUGGAAUCUCACGACGAAACGGGAUGCCAAGCUCCCGAGCGCCCCAUCCUUUGCAUUAACAACUGUGGCUUUUUUGGAAGGGCAGCUACUAACAAUAUGUGUUCUAAAUGUUUCAAAGACACGCUGCUAAAGCAGGAACAGGCCAAACUUGCGGCGUCAUCCAUUGAUAGCAUCGUCAAUGGUGGCAAUGGUAAGGAGCCUGUUAUUGCUGAUGCCUUGGAUGUGCAAGCUGGACCAGUGGAGACCGAGAUUGUUACAACAGAACCAUCCAGUGAUUCUUCCUCAAGCAAGCCUGUUGAGAAUGUGAAACAGGGGCCCAACAGAUGCACCACUUGCCGAAAGCGCGUUGGUUUAACAGGGUUCAAUUGCAAGUGCGGGAACCUCUUUUGUUCAAGUCAUCGGUACUCCGACAAACACGACUGUCCUUUUGAUUACCGGACUGCUGCUCGUGACGGCAUUGCAAAAGCCAACCCUGUAGUCAAGGCAGAGAAGCUUGACAAGAUCUAAAGUGAAGGUUUACAUGUCAAAGUAUGAUGCUUCUCUUCAUAUCCAUGUGGUUUGAUAUAGGAUGGCUGUUUGUCUUGUUUAGGUGUCCUUUAUUGAUUAGAAAUGCUUAUGCCAUUAUAUUGAGGACAUCUUAAGAGGAAUUCUAUAUUCCUCGUUAGUGUUGAAAAUUUCUUUGCUGCCUCCAGUGUGUAAGUCCUAUUUGUGCUGGUUUGAAGGACCAUUACCUAGUAAUGUUAUUUCUCUGCUCGGUCUGCAUUUAUUUCUAGUAGUUCAUGGAAAUUUACUACUUGUAAUUAUUCUCUCUACGACUUAUUAUGGUAAUGCUUCUUUACGAGAUUUCUGUUCCAA